GUCUGAUGCUGUUGAUGAAGGUCUGAUGCUGUUGAUGAAGAAGGUCUGAUGCUGUUGAUGAAGAAGGUCUGAUGCUGUUGAUGAAGAAGGUCUGAUGCUGUUGAUGAAGAAGGUCUGAUGCUGUUGAUGAAGAAGGUCUGAUGCUGUUGAUGAAGAAGGUCUGAUGCUGUUGAUGAAGAAGGUCUGAUGAAGAAGGUCUGAUGCUGCCUGACUGUCUCUGUGACGUUGAUCUCCCUCACCCUCCAUUUUGGGUGAGAGCAGAUUAGUCAGAAAAACCACCAUCUGCUGUGGACUGGGUUGACAUCGUGCAGCGCUGUAAUGCAGUUAUGUAAACGUGACCAUUGAGGAGUGGAAGUGUUUUUACAUCUGGUUAAAACACAGUUUCUCUCCACUGAGUCUCCACUGAUCUGUUGAUGAUGCGUUGGUGUUGACAACAUAAUUACGUGGCAACUUGUGAUUACUGACACACACACACACACACACACAACAUAUGUCGUGUUUUCUUGGUCGCCCUACGACUUAUUACGAUAUAUUUAUGCACUCAUGAAUCAGUGGGACAAGGACGCUCAAUCAAACCCCGAACAACAUCAGGUCCAAGCUGAAGCUGCCCUUGUUUGUGCCACAUUUGGGGGAGAAAAUCUAUUCUGUCUAUUUUGGUGUUGCCUCUAAAGUCCGUGGAGUAUGUAGAGCGACAGCUAAGGGACAGACACUUACUUGGCUCCGGCUCACAAUCACUAGCCUCCAGAUUAACGUUGUUGAACUCGUCACAGCUCAACUGCUCAACAAUCGUACAAUAACACGCAGCAGACGCUGUGACUUGUAGGUGCCACGGCUGUACGAUGUAAAGUGGAAAAAUGGCACAUAAUGGAAAAAAUGGGGAGAAAGGAAGUGAGGAUAAAGAAGGCAAGGAUGAACCACACAAACUCUCCGCAGAUGGUGGCUCCUCUUUGACGACCAGAAGGCAUCUACCUCGAGGGAUUGUGAUCCAGCUGACUGGGACAGAGGGAGAAUGGGACAGCUUAGACGACAGUGAGCUUAUCUUCUCCCUGGACCAUGAUGAGGACUACCCUUCUAUAUCUCUCUCUAAAGAGAGGCAUCUUUCUGUGGAAGAUGACCGACGGUCGCAGUCGCAGUCCUUCCAUGUCCCUUUGUCUCCAUCCUCGCCAGACUCUUUGGGGAACUGCUCUGCCACUAGACCCAGUUUCCUCUCUCCGGGCCCGUCCUCACCUACCACCCGACCUCUGUCAAGCCUGGUCAAGUCUCUCUCCACGGAAUUGGAGCUCAAAGAAGGCUCCACACUCAGACCCAAGCCCUUUCUCAACCUCGUGAAGUCGAUUUCGACAGAGAUUACCCACUCAGAACCUGAGGUAUCGCAGUCAAAGUCAGACUCCCGCCUCAACCUACACCUAUGGAAGCAGCUGACUCAACCGAAAUCCCGCAGCAAUGGGGACUCUCGCACUGCGCCCCCUUCUCCUAGCUCCCUCUCCCCAAGUGGAGAGGCUCUGAGGGGAGGCUUCUUCAAAAUGGAACUGGAGGACACCAAGAGGAAGCUCUCGGAGGCCAUGCAUGAACCUCUGAGCAACAUGUUCAGUAAGAUCAUGAGAGAGGAGAGCAUAGGCAGCCCCAAACACCAGUCCAAGACCCAGUCUUGUCACCAAGUCGGCUCCAGAGGUUUGGGUCGGGAGAGCAGCACAGAUACAAAUCUUUCAGAGUCGCCCGUGAGGAACGUUAGAAAAACAGACGCUGACGUGUUGCCCGUGUUUGACUGGCCUUCUGUUAAAAGUCACGGGAGAGUUCACCACAGCUCGUGUCCGGUUCAUCACCAGAGACCACAUCACAUGGAGGAAGAGCUGGAAAUAUGCACAGAAGGUGAUGUAAUGCGAGUAUUUGCCACAGAGACACACAGACGGGCGAGGAGACCACCUGCUGGCUCCCAGGUGCCGGUAGCACCAUUUGAACAGAUUUCACCUCCUACUCAGCAACCACGUCCUGUGCCAUGCAUGAGUUUAUUCUGUGUGGGAGUGUUGUCUUAUGGAUAUUUUAUCCUUCCUCUCAGUCCGUAUCUCUCUGGUCUGGCUCUGGGAUUAGCACUGGGCUUCUUGCUCGGACUGUUCCUCGUCAGGAUAGGUUCCUCCAGGUCUCGUUGUCAGGCUCCUACCGACACACGGGUGAUUCCGACAAGUGGUGCUGUUCACAACGAGCCUGAGAGCCUCAAGGGCUGGAUGAACGAGAUACAUGAUUACGACCCUGAGACCUUCCAUUCAGCGCAGACUCACUCUGUGUUUGCAACGUUGGAGGGUUCCCGUCUCCGCCUGGACUCCCCGAGGACCAACGUCAGCCGCAGGGCCACUUACGACGAGAGAGUCCCCGAGGCCGUCUUUGUCAAGUCACGCUGCUUUCAGCUCACUAACAGUAAAGUCUUUCUGCUUCCAUCUGUGUUGGCAAAUAAGAGACUGUGGAACCCAAAAUAUCCCAUCUGCAUCCAACUGUCCGUGACAGCGCAGGAGGACGAGGGAGACGAACCAGAUGAAUCUACAAGUCCAAAACAAAGCUCCCGGAAACCCGUCCAUGACCCCCCGACCUCUCUCUACCUCUUCAGCCGCACGGGACGCGAGAAAGAAGAGUGGUUCCGUCACUUCCUGUUUGCGUCCGUGGACACUAAGAGGGAAAAGGAGGCGGAGGGACAGAGACGUGACAGAUGUGUGUCCAGAUCGGGAGAUCCAGCACCAGCACAGACAGGUCACAUCCUAAACAACAGCAGCUCCAGCAGAGUGGACAGCAGUGACGACGAUGGCCCCUGCACGCCUCCUCCAGCCCCCUCCGUCCCUGUUCCUCACUGCACUCAGACCUCCAGCAGCACCAGUAACCUCCCGGCACCGCUCGACUACCCCAGCUACAUGUCUCGUCUCCUGGCCACAGAGGACAUGUCCCCGCUGUCCAGUCCUGGAGGAGACAGCAGCACAGAGACGAGUCCCACCCUCAGAGCAAAGUGCACAUGUCAUGUAGCAGAGCAUCAUGGGAGGAGCCAGACCGCGUGGGCCGACGCGCUCAUUGGUCGAAUCUUCUGGGACUUCCUGCGGGAGAAACACUGGGCCGACGCCGUUUCUCAGAAGAUCCAGAAGAAGCUGAGCAAAAUCAGAUUGCCUUACUUCAUGAACGAGUUGACUCUGACAGAGUUGGACAUGGGAAGCUCGAUGCCUCACAUCACUGCUGCCUCCAAACCAGCGUUUAACCACAGAGGUGUGUGGGUGGAGCUGCAGCUGGUCUACACAGGCGUCCUGCAGAUGACCCUGCAGACCAAGUUUAACUUGUCCAAGCUGGGGAAAGACGGCAGUCAGGAGGCGGAGCUUGGCAGCGAGACACGUAACACGUGCUGCAGGUCCGUCCUCAGCGUGUUGGCCGACAGUGACGAGGAAUCGUCCAGCGCUGGAUCCUCUGAUGAAGAAGAGUUUCUUCUCUCUGAGCCUCAGUGUCCGCUCACAGAUAAAGGAUCCACAGCAGGAACUGAAGGGACGGGGGGAGGCAGGACUGGGCGGAAGAUUUUGAGAUUUGUGGACAAAAUCGCCAAAUCCAAGUAUUUCCAGAAGGCGACGGAGAACGAGUUCAUCAGGAAGAAGUUUGAGGAGAUGUCCAACACGCCUCUGCUGCUCACCGUGGAGGUCCAGGAGCUGUCGGGGACGCUGGUCGUCAACGUCCCGCCUCCCCCCACUGACAGGAUAUGGUACAGCUUCUGUGUUCCGCCCAAACUGGAACUGCACGUCCGACCUAAACUGGGAGAAAGAGAAGUGACUUUCUGUCACGUGACGGAGUGGAUCGAGAGGAAACUGCAGGACGAGUUUCAGAAAGUGUUUGUUCUGCCAAACAUGGACGACAUCUGUUUACCACUGAUGCAUUCUGGGAUGGAGCCGCCUCAAGUGUCUGAGCCUCUGUCCACUCAGUCUCACUGUUCCUCCACUGAGUCCAUCGAGAGGAUCCCGUCUGAGAUUCCUGGCACAGAGUCGGACUAAUCUUACACAUAUAUGUGUAUAUAUAUAUAUACAUAUAUAUAUGUGUGUGUAUAU